AUGCGGAUCUGGUGCUUUUUCUACUUAUCUCGUUAUCACUCGCAGAAGACGCCAAAGAUGGACAGAAGCGGCGAUAACCCGCUGCAAGGUCCGGGAUUCAACGAUGUACCACUGUAUCAUGAGCUUCCCAGAGGUGCUCGAUUUGCGCAUGGCAUCGCCGACUGGCGACAGACCCCACAAUUGACUAUAUGGGAACUAGGCAUGCUCCAAUUCAUGUCCUGGGUCACCGAGCAGUCCGGUUGGGAAAACAAGUGCGAGGACCUAAAAAACGCUCGAGGAAUGUACUAUUCCGUGUCCCUGCAAGAUCAAUUUCCGAGUCUGCAGGUCAUUAUCCGAAUUUCGAGCAUUGAACUCAACCCGGAACAGCCUAAAUACUCCGGAGCUUCCACCUUCAAUGUGGCUGGCAUACUCAAUGAACACAUUGUUGCCACAGCUAUGUGCUACCUUGACGUGGACAACAUCAGAGAUACUUCAAUGUCGCGAAGUUCGACGUCAUGGAUCGGGUUUUUGGUGUUGAUCCGGAGCCGGUCGAUAAGACAGAUCUACGUUCCCUGCAAACUCUGGGAUCCAUUCCUAUCUCACAGCCGGGGCUGUUUGUCGCUUGGCCUAACACGAUGCGGUUUAGAGACAAAUCCUUCACCCUCCAAGAUCCGCCGUCCACAAGAUCCGUCCAGACCUGGCCGCCUCCGGUUCGUGACUCUCUGGCUGGUGGAUCCUCAUUAUCGAAUCUGCUCAACCCAGAAUGUUCCUCCUCAGGACUCAGGCUGGCUAGAUACAGGACUGAAUAAGUCCACUGAGGAUCGACAACGUAGAGGGCUCAUGACGGGCGCAGAGGCAAUUGAAACGGCGGAGCAGAUGAGAAAGGAAAGACACUCUAUUGCCCAAAAGUUUCAAGGUCGGGGCCAUGAAUGGCACUCAUAUGAGGAGGAUUUCAUGACCUUUUAUUAUGGCGAUAGCUCAGAUCAGGGAAGCUAUACAUCUUGUUACUCGAUCCACUCCAUGCAGGAGUUCGGUCAUAUUGUUUCAAUUUAA